UAUGAAAUUAGAUCGACCGUAAUGGAAGCGGCCAAUUCGCGAUAGACGAGUGGGUGAGUGUCACGGGGAGUAGGGGGGGCCCAUCUGUUUCAGAAGGUCCGAAGAUUCAUUUCAAAAAACAGGAAUGUCAGAGCAGUUAGUCCGCAUGUCCCUAACUACCUUGUUCCUGAUUGGAUUGCUUUCUUAGUGUGGCAUCUUAUCUUUUUGUUCGCUGUCCACUGGUGAUAUUAUAAAUAUAGAUAGAGAAAGGGGCUAAGCUAAGCCUACGUAACGCUAUGGGAACAGCUUUUUUUGUCCGCUUUCAGCUAUGCUAUAUAGAUGCGCUACCUUGUGAAAGAAAACAUCAUAUGUAAGUAAGUAGCAUCUAGAAUAGGCAGCUAAGAAAAGAAAAUCGAGUAGCUUGCGGGCCGGUCGUCAUUGCACACUAGCUGGUCAGUGGGGGUAAGGAGAGUGUUCCGUUGGUGUUCUCAGUCUCAGUGCGACCUUGCUUGGUCAACAAGGGGAUCCAAAUGUCCCCCAUCAAUAAAGUGAGGGCUUUCCGGACCUUCUCCACCUCCCUUUUUCUUUCUUUUUUUCCAUGCUUUCCGUUGGUCAACAACCAACCACAGCUCUCUAUAGUUCUUCACUACUCCUACAGGCUUGACGGAGUUAAGCUGUCUGGAGGGAAUCAUUUUAUCUCAAUCAAGAAUGCCUCAACUGGAUAAAUUCACUAAUUCAACUUUACGAACAUUUUUAUUGAUUACGUUUUCCCGUGCCGAAAGGACAAGCCUCAACAAAAAAAGAAUACUGGAGCGUAUAACCAAGGCUCUCUCAAAUGCACAUCUAUCCUUAUUGGUAAAGAGGAAGACCAUCAGCAAGAGGGAUUCCACUUUCACGUGGGCAUCCGGUGCCGGGAUUCAGAUAAGAACAAGGCAGCCGGAAUUAUAAAAAGUAUGUUCAGUGAAUUUGAAGAAAUGCAGUACAAUGUGCAGUUCCUAAAGUGGGGCAACAUUUGCCAUUUUAUUACAAAAGUAGAUAUGGAUUUUUGGGUAUCGGGAGAGUUGUCAAAGGAACAAAUCUUAGAAAGGGCGAAUACCUUUCGAAAGAAAAAAGGAAGAUAUCUUAUUAAAAUGGUUAAAAUAGUAAAGAGGGCGUGGGGACGGCCAAAAGAUAAAGAAGAGUAAGAGUGGCGCUGCUGGAUGCUUUUGAUCAAUAGGAAGAGGAGGAAAAAAAAAAGAAAGCUUAUGAUGAGCAUCUAUUUGAGUCGAUCAUUUCCAAGAUCUAAUUCAAGUUUUUUCUUAUGUAGUGGAAACGCCUUACAAUCUGAAGUUUUACGCUUAAGGGAAGAAAUGUUCUUGGUGGAUGCAGGACUCGGGACCCCCAGAAUUUGUAUGCAAGAUGAGCCUACAGGAGUGCCAAUCAACCGAGCCACCAGGUUUGAGAAUAAGGUGGGAUCCCUGGAUGUAGUGGCCGGUGAAUCGCUGAUCAAAGAGCAGAUUUUGGAGAGAUUCUUCAUCGAUCUAGUGGCCGGUGAAUCACCGAUCAAAGAGCGAGCAGCCGCCAGGUUUAAUGAUAAGGUGGGAUCCCUGGAUGUAGUGGCUGGUGAACCGCUUCUUCUUCUUCCACGAAGAUUCAGACAAAACCGAGCUUGGAUGGAACUGAACAAGAUUUGGCGAACGAAUACAAAGGUAAAAGGCUUUAUUAUUGAGAAAGUAAAAGGAGGUUAUUCAGUAGCCAUCGCGAGUUUCAUUACUUUUCUUCCAUUCCGUCCUCUCAUAAGAAGAAGGAUAUCGAAUGAUCGAUUCACCAUUGAGAGCAUUAACCCCAAAAGGACGAAUAUUGUGGUGUUCUAA